AUGGGUAUAGGAAGAUUUGAACGUCUUGAUAAGGAAGGGCAACUGCAAAACGGAGAAGAUAAACCAAAGAUAUGGUGCGUCGACAGGGGCGCAAGUGGAGGCAAUGGAAACUGCUUCACAAGUGUCGGCCGAGUUGGUGUCGAAAUCAGUGGAGAAAAGCGAGGCUGCUGCCGCUGGAGAAGGGAGGAAGAUCCCUUGUACGUGCCCGCCCAAGACCUAAGCGAUGGAUGCAGACUGAACUGGACUGUACGUAAAAGAAGGAGGCUCAAGGAGACUCUUCAUUGGAAGAAUGAAAAACAAUGUGAGGAAUUAAGAAAAAUAUACUAA